AUGAAGAUGUUGAUGACAACAAUAUUAAUGCAUGUAUCAAAAACAAAUGAAUCAUCCACAGCCCAUAUUUCACUUAUUAUUACGAAAAAUUUAACAACAUUAUCGACACUAACAUCAACAGCUCGCUAUCAUCAAUACUAUUACCAUCUUAGUAUGGGAAAACGACUUAUAAUUUUAUUUGGUUCAAUAUUAACACUAUGGUUUAUAAUGGCUAUCAUAUUUAUUUGUAUUCAAUCAUUUCGACACUUCAGAACGUCAAAGAAAUAUUUUCGAUUUCGAAAACAUGAAUUCCAACAUCCAAUCGAACACUAUAAAUCAUCUUUAUCUGCACAAAAACGAAUUGAACUAUUAUCGCAUGAUGAUAAUGAUAUUGAUGAUGAACGAACAAGCGUUUAUACUGCAUUAUCAUUCGUUUCAGAUAAAAUAGUUGACAUAACAUGUGAAACUAAUAGAAAAACAGUGAAUGAACAAAUACCAGAAGAACAAGAAGACGAGAAUCCAAUUAUAUUUGGACCAAAUAGUAACGAAGCAACAUUCAGCAGUUAUAAUUAUUAUCAAUCUGGUUAUAAAAACUAUGGUUAUUCGAAUUCAACGUUAACAUCAUCGGUUGAUACGAGAACAAACUUUUUAUAUUAUCCCGCUUGUCGAAAUUUUGCCUAUUCACAAUCGACCAUAGCAUCAUCGAUUGAUUUAAAUGAGAAUAUAACUGCGCCACCAUCAACACCCAUAAAUACAAAUCAUUUAACUAAUAUAGAAAUAGUCCAUAGUACACAUAAAAAAAUUAUCGAUUCAACACCAGCACAACCCUCUCGUUCAUUGACAUGUACUAAUCGAUUUUAUAAUCGAAUGUUAAAACGAUAUUCAACAGUUACCGAUACAUCUGAAAUAUCUGUUGCAUCUAGUCAGAUAACACAAGCCACUUACAUUUCAACACAAUUACCAAUCGUAAUGAUAACUGAUUGUGAUCGUUUACAAACAGAUAUUAUUGAACUAGACGAUUUUGAACCCGAAAAAGACUGGCGAGGAGCAAUGGUAGCUGAAUUACGAUGCUUAUUAAAUGACAAAAUGCCAAAGCAGCAACAUUUUAUUGUAUCAGAGGAAAAUACUGUAAGGUAA